GCACAGAGUCUCUGAGGUCCGCAUCGCUCCUCUCGCGCUCCGCUGAUGGACUCAUGAUGAUGAUGAUGAUGAUGACGGUUCAGGCAUGAAGAGGAUGUUCAGCUGCUCCAGAAUCAGUUCAUCAGCCGCUGCUUCUGUCGGAUGUACCGGAUCGAUGUGUUUGAUUGGAUAUGAAGGAUGAAUGUGUUCAGAGAUCUGAGCUGAUUGAAUCAAACUCGCUUCUUCAUCAUGGAUCCGAAUCUUCUCACUCUCUUCAAACUUUCUCUGAUCCUCGCAGUGAACACGCUGAUGACGAGAGGUUUAUCAGACGCAGACGGCGUUGAUCUGUUGUUCACCCAGCGGCCGUGGCUCUUGCAGUGCAAUCAGACGCUCCUGCUGCUGGAGAUGGAGAGAUGUGGAGAACAAUUCAGCAUCGACAUGAAUCAUGUUCAUCCUGACGACAGAUGCAACCUCACGCACUUCAUCAGAGAGUAUCACGUCUUCUCCUUCUGCACGGAGAUGAACGCAGAGCGCAUCGGCUGCUUCUGGCCGAACCCAGCGGUGGAGCGCUUCAUCAUCAGCAUCCACAAGCACUUCUUCUCCAACUGCAGCCUGGAGCACGUGGUGUUCGUCGACCCGCCGGACGUCACGCUCACCCUCCUCAUCCUCGUGCCCGUCUUCCUCACGCUGGCCAUGGUGGUGCUGGUGGUGUGGUGCAGCAAGCGGAGCGACAUCCUCGCCUAGCCUGCGCUGGACCUUCACGAUGCUGAUGGACCUUGAAGAGAAGAACCGGUCAGACGUGAUCUGACUGAAGAGGAGCUCAUGCUGUUCUCCUUCAGAAGCUGGAGGCUUUAUUCCUCGUCUCGCUGCGAUCACUGAUGCUGAAUUAAUUCAGUGUUAAUAGAGAGCGUGAGUGAAGAUCUGUCAGGAUCUCUGGACGGACCAAAUGAAUCAUGUACUGUACAGCUAUUAUUUAAUGUUUUAAUUAAAUAACGUAGAUUUAGAGCAUUUGUCAAGCUCACACUGCCGUGUUUGUGGUUUUUGUUGGGUCUCUCAUCACUCAGUUUGACCGUUCGUUAUCAUCUCGACAUAAUCGCUGGUUCAUUUAUCAGCCAGUGAUUUCAGCUUUGGCUUGCAGGAGAAUCCUGCACCUGUUAUUGAGAAGAUGAAGACGUUCUGGGAAACAAAAAGGAUUGGUUCAGACUAAAGCGGGACGUGUACGAAUGAGAAUCUGGUGAGAACGGCCCUCCACGCAGCCAGCGAGGCUGGUUUUAGGAUGACGGUAUUAUUUAUAUGAGAAGGAAAGCCGUGCAUUGUGUGUGGCUUAGAGAUACAAACAAAAGACAAUAGUUGCUCUCAAGCGUCUGGCCUCGUGUUCUGCAGAAGAGCCGUGCAGAGCCAGAGCCGCUCGCGCCGCAGGAAGGAUAUAAAAGACUUUCCCAGCGCAGCCGAUGAAUGAGAGGAAAUGGGCUGGUUAUGAUUUUCACCAAAAGAGCUACAGGAACCGCUGCCGUGUUCCCAAAAUGUGUUCUGAUGGAGGCGUCAGACGUUUAAGAACCAAACGCAGAGAUGAUGAUCGUCUGUGUGCGUCGUCUCGUCAGUCUGCAGUAUAGCUUCGUCUGCUGUGCAGAACAGCAGCCUGCAUUUAUGAUUUAUGUAUUUGAAUUGCAUUUUAAAAAUUUCCAUCGAUUUGGAUUUCACAGUUUUAACCUAAACGAACUAAUAAACUUAAAGUAAUGCAUAUUUCUCAGUCAUACAUCAUUGAAACGUCUACACUCAAGAAAUCAUUAACUAUUCGCAUCUAUUUG